GGGCUGCGGGCAGCGGAGCGGAGCGAGCGGGUCAGUGGGCCGCAGCGCGGCGACGACGGCGCGGUCUCGGAAAGAAGAAAUAAUGUAAAUAAUUCACUGUCCAAACUUUGAGGUCAGAGGUGAGAAGGAAGGUCAGGAAGACUAUGGCCUGGCCAAAUAUUUUUCAAAGAGGAACUCUGUUCUCCCGAUUCAGCCAUCAUCACGUUGUUGUGUUCUUGCUCACCUUCUUCAGUUAUUCGUUGCUCCACGCAUCAAGAAAAACUUUUAGCAAUGUCAAAGUCAGUAUCUCUAAGCAGUGGACCCCAAGUGCUUUUAACAAGUCCAUUAGAUUGCCUGUAGAGAUAUGGAGCAGCAACCAUUUGUUCCCCAGCGCAGAGGAGGCCACUCUUUUCCUUGGAACGCUGGACACCAUUUUCCUCUUCUCUUAUGCUGUGGGCCUUUUCAUCAGUGGAAUUGUUGGAGAUCGGCUUAAUUUGCGAUGGGUUCUGUCGUUUGGCAUGUGUUCUUCUGCACUAGUGGUGUUCGUCUUUGGCCCUGUCACAGAAUGGCUGCAUUUCUACAACAAGGGCCUCUACUGCUGUCUGUGGAUUGGGAAUGGCCUGCUGCAGUCUACCGGUUGGCCCUGUGUGGUUGCGGUUAUGGGCAACUGGUUUGGGAAAGCGGGACGAGGAGUUGUGUUUGGUCUCUGGAGUGCCUGUGCAUCAGUGGGCAAUAUUUUGGGAGCAUGCCUAGCUUCUUCUGUUCUGCAAUAUGGUUAUGAGUAUGCCUUUCUGGUGACCGCGGCGGUGCAGUUUGCUGGUGGGAUCAUCAUCUUCUUUGGACUCCUGGUGUCACCAGAAGAAAUUGGUAUCCCAGGUAUUGAGGCAAAAGAAAAUUUUGAAGAAGACUCACACAGGCCAUUAAUUAAUGGCGCCGAAAACGAAGAUGAAUACGAACCUAAUUAUUCCAUUCAAGAAGGCAGCACUAUUACCCAAGUCAAGGCAAUCAGCUUUUAUCAGGCCUGUUGUCUUCCUGGAGUUAUACCGUAUUCACUGGCCUAUGCCUGCUUGAAGUUGGUAAAUUACUCCUUCUUCUUCUGGUUGCCCUUUUAUCUGAGUAACAACUUUGGGUGGAAGGAGGCUGAAGCUGACAAGCUGUCCAUUUGGUAUGAUGUUGGAGGAAUUAUAGGUGGAACUUUGCAAGGUUUCGUCUCUGACGUAUUACAGAAGAGAGCCCCGGUUUUAGCUCUGAGUCUGCUUCUGGCAGUUGGGUCCCUCGUUGGAUAUAGCCGUUCUCCAAACGAUAAGUCCAUUAACGCACUUCUGAUGGCGGUUACAGGAUUUUUUAUUGGUGGACCUUCUAAUAUGAUUAGCUCUGCUAUUUCUGCGGACCUGGGUCACCAAGAGCUGAUCCAAGGGAGCAGUGAGGCUUUGGCGACCGUCACAGGAAUUGUUGAUGGAACCGGAAGCAUUGGAGCAGCGGUAGGCCAGUAUUUAGUGUCUUUGAUCCAGGACAACCUGGGAUGGAUGUGGGUGUUCUACUUUUUCAUUCUCAUGUGCAUCCUGAUUGGAGACAACCUCAAUCGCCCCAGGUCCAGGCACAGCCCUCCAGCCUCGUCCGAGGAGCCUGGAGUUCUCUGGAGCUGCCUCAAGGCUGCGUACUCUGCUGUCACAAAGGACGCUUCUCCUGCCUAACUGCCUUCUAGCUUCUGAAGACUGGACUGUAUGGCCCUGUGUUCCACUUCUGACAUCUGUGCUAAAUAGAGGGAGAUAUCUCCUUAUGAACCUGCUGUGUGAUCACACAAGAAAUUGUACUAGAAAGAAAACUGGAUCCAUUAUAAGAAACACGUUUUAAAGUGAGCUCCAGGGGCGCCUGGCUGGCUCUGUCAGUAGAUCAUGCGACUCUUGACCUUGGGGUCAUGAGUUCAAGCCCCACAUUGGGUUCAGAGAUUACUUACUUAAAAAAAAUUAAAAAAAUAAGAAGAAAGUGAGCUCUAGUAUCAAUUUUCUGCUCUGCCUAUGGCAAAUCAUUUAAUUUGUGUACAUUAGUUCUUUUUCUGGAGACUGUGUAACAUUAAAUUAAAAAAAAUAUAUUAACUGUGAUUUUUGGAAUCAUUUUUUUAAUUCGUUAAAGAUCAAGUUAUCUUUGCACAAAGUCAUAAUGAAUGUAAUUGUCCAAAUUCAUUAUUACGUUCAAAACAUGGUACUCUAACAGAAUUCGUUAAAUUGUCACUGCAUAUUUAAUGCUUUUUUCUCUUCACAGACAAGUUGUACGAUUCUAUUUAUCUCACCAUUAAUAGUGAGGGAAAUACGCCAUCUUAUGCAAAGACGACAGGCUCACUCACUGAGUGAGUGAGUGGUGCCUGCAGGAGAAAAGAACACUGGGAGACGCAUCAGGACUCUUCUCUCUUUUAAUUCACCCUAUUUGGGCGUUGUCUUAAGAGCUCCAACGAAACCUCAGAUCGGCAAGCUUCUUUCACCUUGUGACGCUGACGAUUGGUGAAGGCUGGGCUGUUUUUCUGCACUACACAAAUUAUCGUGGAUGAUUUUAUUGCUGUCGUUCCAUAAACGUACUGAGUGGCCUAUGAAUUUGCCAGCGUCUUUACUUGGCCUGUUGAGAUUUAUCCUUUUCACCUUAAGUACUGUAUUGGACCUGGACUGGAUUCUCCAGCCCGGAAAGUUGAGUGACCAUGAGACAGUUGCACAUGGUUCGUAUCAGUGACGGGCUCCAUGAAUAGGAAAGGAUCAUUGGAUUUUGCUUGAUAAUGAGUUUGCAGAGAGCGGCUCAUCUUUGAAGCAUCAAAUCCUGGUCAAGUGCUCAAGCUGGAUCAAGUGUAAGGCUGCCUUGGACAAAGAAUCCCUUUGUUAAACUGUGGUGGGAAAAUCACACUACAUGGUGACUGGCUCGGUCACUCUGUAUCUGAUCUAAAGUUAUUCAGCUCUGGAUGCAGAAAUAUCUUCAAAUUAUUGUCAGCUCAUUCUCUUCUGUCUUCAUUCAAAAUUUACUUCGAUUCCUGGAAGUAUUCAGUCUUCCUUUCAAGGACCAUAAGGUACAUCAUCAGUUGUUGUGAACAUUCCAAGGUGUAGCUCACAACUGAAGUACUCCACCCCAGAUUUGCUGUCUGGGAACGUUAGGAUCCACUAGGAAGCUAAUCUCCUUAGCCCUGUUUUCAGAGAAUUGAUCUCUCUCACGACCGGGUUCCUUGAGUUACCUCAGCAGAAGACUAGAAUUAGAGGAAAAACCUUUUGUCCUAGUAAGUGUUAGGUAUGUGACCUUGAAUCAUAUUAAUGGGUUACUAGGGCCUGAGGACUAGGCAUCUAUUCUUUAGAAGUUUGUAGUGUGUAUGUCUUCAAGGCUGUGAAUUCUAUACUAAUUACCGAUAUGUUAAAGUCAUUCUGUAUAUAUAUAUUUUUUAAAUUAUGGACACAAACUAGGGGGAAAAUGUGCAAUUUUGAGGGCUGCCUAAUUCACAUUGGGAUAGGGAAUAUUUUUCAGCUUCUUACUUUAUACUGUAAAGUGUGAUGUGUUUAUGGACUUAUUAAUGUUAUUUAAUCAAGCAGAUUUCCAAUCAGUUAAUUGCUCAUUACUGACAAAAAAGGGAAAAUAUGAAACACAGGAAGGGAAAAUAAACUGACUUUUGUAGUAAA